AUAAACGCACGUACACAAACACAUGUUCCAGCAAAAGUCUUUUCUCUGUAAUUGAAUGGAGGUUAAAGUGUCACUACUAGUCUCCCAAAACGUCCUGUGCGGUGUGUGAGUUCAUAAAUAGGGCAGUCGAGAAGAGAAAUACAGAAACACAGCAUCUCCUAUCAUCACAAACAGCAGCCUCAGAGAACCCAGCUUCAACAUGAGGGUGAUUAACCUGGGUCCCGACCCUUCACUAGCAUACCGUCCUGAGUACCCGCUACAAGAAGGCAAAGACAAAUCUCAAUUUAGAAACUUUGAGAGUGGGGAUCUUUUUGAGCGUGUGUUCAACACAUACAAACUGAUGCACAAACAUCAGACCCUGGACUUUGUCAAACAAAAGCAUGCAGAAUGGGCGGGCUGCACUCAUUCUCGUAUGACUGUGAUGGAGAGUAUUGACCGUCUGGACCAGCUAAUCGAUGAAUCUGAUCCUGAUGUCGACUUCCCAAACUCUUUCCACGCCUUCCAAACUGCUGAGGGCAUUCGCAGGGAGCACCCAGAUAAGGACUGGUUCCAGCUGGUAGGCCUGAUCCACGACAUUGGUAAAAUCAUGGCCCUCUGGGGAGAGCCACAGUGGGCAGUGGUUGGAGAUACAUACCCUGUAGGAUGCCGCUUCCAGAACGCAAUCGUUUUCAGAGAAACUACAUUUGUGGACAAUCCAGAUGACAAGAACAGCAGCCUGAACACAGAAUGUGGAAUCUAUGAAACUCACUGUGGUCUUGGUAAUGUGCUGAUGUCCUGGGGACAUGAUGAGUAUCUGUACCAAGUGAUGAAAUUUAACAAGUGUCCCAUCCCUGAGGAGGGUCUGUACAUGAUACGGUUCCACUCGUUCUACCCCUGGCAUACUCACGGAAACUACAUGCACCUGUGCAAUGAGAAAGAUCUGAAGAUGUUGCCCUGGGUCAAAGAGUUCAACAAGUUUGAUUUAUACACUAAAAGCACGGAUCUGCCGGACGUGGAGCAGCUGAAGCCGUAUUAUCAGUCUCUCAUUGACAAGUACUGUCCGGGAGUACUGUCCUGGUGAACACACACCGUGGCCUGACCAGCAGUAUCUCUGUGUACAUGCACACAAAGUGAUGCAGGCUUCUUCUGCACAUAGAUAAACCAAUGUUGAUUUGAGCUCUCACAGAACAGUGCUUGCUUAAGGAAGACAUCUCAGAAUUAUGGCAAAGUUUGAAUAAGCUUUAAACUAAAUGAAAGUCUGCUAAUCUGAACUGACAUAAUAGUAAGACUACUGUAUUCCUCUGUCCUACUGUUUAAAAGACUUGUUUUAGUAGCUCAUUUUGUCUAUAUUUGAUGGAGUUAUCACAAUUAGUGCCUUUUCAGCCUGUUUAUAACCUCUAUACUGUGUGCUGAUGUGUAAUGGGCAUUCUAAGCACAUUCGUCAUCCUUUCACUAUGCUGAUGUGUAAUUGGGUCUAGUGAAUGUACUGCACUCUGGGUCUAAGGCUCACUUCCUCAAAACCUACAUCACUCUCCCUCUAUGACACCUGCUGCUUUGCUGCCUAUCAUCACCACCACCACCAUCUGAAAGAUACAGGGGACACAGACUGGAUGGACAUACAGUGGACCAAAGAUUUGAACGUCUACAUUACACACCUUUCUCCCAUCCGCUCUUCUCCUUUUCUGUGUUUCUAUUUUCUCCUGAAUUCUUUUUUUCCUUUCUUAAUUUCACGUUCCCUAACGUUUUCUUCUUCAAACUGAAAGGUACAAAUCAUGCUUUUAGAAAGAAAAAAACACUCAGAGCACUUUGAGUUAUUUGCAUCAGAUUCGGUCAAAGGAACACUUUAACUGUAAAAGCUGACAGCAGUGAAAGAUUUCAACUGUGCAAUUAGUUCCUUUUUGAACCAAAAAAGAUGGAUGUUUUAUUAUAAAUGAUAUAAAAUGUG